AUGGAGAACACCAACGUUCACUCGGACAUCGCCGAGUUCUUCGACUUUGGCGAGGCUGCUAUGCCGGAUGUGAUCCACUCUCAACCAGAGCACGUCGUGCCCGUUGCAGAGCCGAACAGUUUAUGUCAAGCACACGGCACCGAGUCGACGGACGGGUGCGUUUGUGUCGGCUUCAUGGGCGACUUCGAGAUUCCUGAGGCCACUGCCCAGCCAGCCGACAAGGCCGAGUGGAACCCUGAUUUCUCGAGCUGGAUCCCUCGAUACUCCAAGCCCGAGCAGGCUUGCGAUUACUGCCACUCUCGGCAUCUCGAGUGCUUUAUCACUUACGAGGGCCAAAGCGGCUGUUCGCCGUGCAAUGCGCUGUUCCGGCCUUGCAGCUUCGUCCAGACCUCUGCCGAACCCAUGAGGCAAUCAAGGAAGCGUCUUGAUACGUUAGACAUUGUGACCGAGGACAGUGCUCAUGUCUUUGGUGGCUUGACUGCCAAGACCAGACCGAUGCGAUCUCUUGGUCACAUGGGCCCUAUUGAAGACGAGGGUUUCGCCGACAAUAAAGAUACGAAGAAGGGUAGUAUCCGAUUCCCUCGUGUCGCAAUCAAGAUUCUCAAGGAUUGGAUGGAUGAGCAUGUCGAUCACCCCUAUCCCACAGAAGAGGAUAAGAACGACUUGAAGGAGAAGACGGGGCUCACCAGUAGCCAAAUCUCGAACUGGAUGGCCAAUACUCGCCGAAGGCAAAAGUCACGUCCCAAGCGAACCGCCUCUCCAAGCAUCCGUCCAUCAGAAGCCAUAAACAUUCCAGCCGGUCGAACGUGGGAGUCCCUCAAUCCCUUCGAACGAUGGAAGCACUCCCCCCCUGAGAACGAACCUGCACCCAUGACUGCUAUUCAAAAGGCCGUGGAGAACUUCGAUCCUCCAGAGCCUACAAGUCUCUCUAGUAGCCUUGGAAUUGAGUAUAGUCGCAAGGGACAGUCGAAUGGAAGCUCUGGAAGCUUCUCUGUUUUCCGAGCGCCGUCGACCACGUCACUGGAUACGGGCACCACAAACAUCUCCUCUGGGUCUGCCUCCCAGCAUUCCGUGUGGUCGCACGGCUCUCGAAACUCUCGCACCUCUUUCAACACCUUCGACUCCUUUGGCAGCAACUCGGCUAAAGAACGGCGGAGGCGCCGUCGAGUUCAAACUCGCCCAUCAAAGAUCGACUCUAGCCUAGCUAACGCACGCAUGUUCCAAUGUACCUUCUGUACUGACACGUUCAAAUCUAAGUACGACUGGUCCCGUCACGAGAAGUCUCUUCACUUAUCGCUGGAGAAGUGGAUUUGUGCUCCUCUUGGAGAUGUCAUCACAGAUCCUGCUUCGGGUAAACGGAAGUGCACCUACUGCGACGCCCUGGACGCAUCGCGCGACCAUCUUGAAACCCAUAACCAUGCUUCUUGCGAAGAAAAAGGACUGGAGGCCCGCACCUUUUAUCGAAAGGACCAUCUUCGCCAGCAUCUGCGCCUCAUCCAUAAUUGCAAGAUGACGCCUAGCAUGGAGACUUGGAAGUCAGAGGCCACAUUCAUCAGGUGUCGCUGCGGUUUCUGUGGUGCAGAGUUCACAAGGUGGCAAGACCGAGUCGACCAUCUUGCGAAGGAGUUCCGCAACGGUGCAAAGAUGAAGGAUUGGAAGGGCUGCCGAGGGUUGGAUCCUCACGUGGCAGCUCUGGUCACAAAUGCAAUGCCGCCGUAUCUCAUUGGCAACGAAAGCAAGAGCCCGUUCCCAUUCUCUGCGAGCAACACUGCCAGCAUGGCCCACCAUAUCCAGCCACUUGGCCAAAUGACAGAUCUGGAAUUCUCUAUCCCUACCGUCAGGCACAAGAUGAACGGAACACCCAGCCCCUUAUCCCAGGAGGGCCUGCCAGGCCAGAACAUGACAGCUCAGCUUCAGUUCGAAACCGAUAUGUCUAUGGCAGAGACUUGUAAUAUAUCAACUUUCCCCGUUUUCGGCACACCAAUGAACACAUCGGCUAUUACCACACCCACCUGGGCCAGCAACACCACCACAAACUCCAACGUCUCCCCGAGCUCGAACCCAAAAACUGCCACUGCAACCUGCUGGGAGAUCCUGACGCUCCGUCUCGGUCGCUUCGUACGUCAAAAGAUGGUUACAGAAGGUCCAGGCAGCUGCACCGACGAGCUAAUCCAGAGCGAAGCGCGCCGCAUCCUGUAUAACGACGACGACCCGUGGAACCAGACAGCGGCAGAUAACCCCGAAUGGCUAGCGCUCUUCAAAAAGGCGCACGGCAUCGUGGAUGUGCCUGAUAACUUCGAUGUCUACGACGCACUGGAGGACUGUGGUGUCAAUAUACACAACCCACCGAUGGAGACAUAUUCCAUACUUGGAAGUAAUACCAUCCCAGAGCUCGACUACAAUGGCAAAGGCGAGCCUGCGCUUGACGGGAGUACGAAUAUGGGGUUGAAUCUCGACUUGGGUACUGUGAACGAGUGCUUCAAGUACCCUGGGUGGGGUCAGAUUGCGGAGAUAGACUGCGAAGAGGCGCAUCCUCAGAUUAUGGAUGGAGAUGCGGGAGAAUUGGAGCUGUUCAAUUGGGACGAGGCUAUGGACGGCGCUGUGUUUAACGAUAGUGCUGUGUUCAACAUGGGCUGCGGCGCUUGA